AUGACGUCUUCGUCUUCUUCUUCGGGACAAGGCUCCCGCCCGGGUCCGCUUGAUAUUGGGGGUUUUUCAUCGUCCAGAACAACGGACUAUUUUAACUGCAAUGGUGAAGCGACAUCGCCUACGUCUCCUGCGUCGACUACUGCCCCGCUGUUUCCACGGAGUAGGACGGCGUAUGGGAGCUCGCCGCCUGAUUCGGUCAAGAGUGUCAAGAGCCCGAGGAAGGUGAAUGCGAAUAGUUAUUGUGGGAGGCACUCGGAUGAGUUUCUGUUUGGGGGACGGUCGUUGGGGGAUUUGUGGAGGGCUGUGAAGAAGUGA